AUGUACAAGAUUGAAAAAGGAAUAUAAUCUAUAAUUUAGUAUAUAUUACUUAAAGAUGCAAAAUCAGCAGCAUAACAAGAUAGUUAAUUAUUUAUGAAUCUAAAUUUAUGAUAUAACAUAGAAUGAUAAAAGUAAAUUAUUAUCAAUUCAAUUUUUAGAAAGAUCAUGUAAAAAAGCCUCUGUUUGUAACUUGCCAUUUGAUAUUGAAGAAGAAGGAGCCAGAAAAACAUUCGAGUACUUUUAGAUUUUAGAGUAAUUAAUGAUCCAUAAACAAAUUUUGGAAAAGGAUAUGAGUAUUUCAAGGAAUUUUAAUAUUUAAAGUAAACUCUUUAGACAUAAAUGAUAGAUAUAAAAGGUAGGGAAGUAAGAACUAAAUAAGCUGCUAAAAUAACUAAAACAGAAGUAAAGUUAUUGAAUAAUUCUAAAAAUGCUAUUAAGAGUAUUAAAAAAAAAUAAUAAAUUCCAAUAAAAGGUAAAAGAAUAAGAAAUAACCAUAAAAACAAGUAAUAAACAUAAAAAAAAUAAGAAAAUAUAUUAAUAAAUAAUAAAAGGAAAAAAAAAAUAGUAUAUUAUGAAUUUAUUGAAUUAGUACAAUCAAAAGGAAAUUAUAGAGUAAAUUAACAUUAUGAGAACAUAAAGUAAAAUAUGA